GGGUACAGUAGGAUGACUGGUAAGACUCCCACCAGCAACGUGACCAACAAGAAUGACCCGCGUUCCCUCAACUCCAGAGUCUUCAUCGGCAACCUCAACACGGCGGCGGUCACCAAGGCCGACAUCGAAGCCCUCUUCGCCAAGUACGGCAGGAUCGUGGGCUGCUCCGUCCACAAGGGCUUCGCCUUCGUCCAGUACGGCAGCGAGAGGAACGCACGAGUGGCUGUAGCAAGGGAGAACGCCAGGGUCGUCGCUGGACAGCCCUUGG